ACACACACACACACACACACACACACACACACACACACACACACACACACACACACACACACACACACACACACACACACACACACACACACACACACACACACACACACACACACACACACACACACACGCAGCCUACCAAACAAGUGAACACACACAAUCGGUGAAUCUCCUCGUCUCUCUACCACAAUCCCCCCAACACGGCGCCGCUCAAACCCUGAGCCCCCCUGUCCACACGUACCGGGUCAGACCCCGUUCCACCCCAUGGAGGCGCGUGCGUGUGCGCCGCCGCCCCGGCCCGCGGCCCGCUGUGAGAGAGAUUGAGGAGCCGGCGCUCAGAGCGAGAGCAGGGCUGCUGGCGUGUCGAUAACGCCGCUCUCCUUCCCCCAGCUGUUUAAAUCUCCUCCUUAGCAGGAGGGAGAGAGGCUCUGUCCUCCCUUACGCCCCCUCACAGAGACACACACACACGGGGGGGGGGGGAUCAGGAGCCCGCAGACUGACAGAGAGAGAGAGAGAGAGACAGGCAGGCCGAGUGUCGGACGGACACAGGCGGUAAGGCAGACGGACAGAGCGAGCGAUGUAGAGAGACAGCCAGACAGAGAGAGCGACAGGAGGAGGUACAGAGACGGACAGAGAGACAAACAAACAGAGACAGACAGACGGAGAGACGGAGGGGAGAGCGUCAGGCUGACGGACGGGGCAGACAGACAGUGUGAGUUUUUUUUUUAACACAACCAUGAAUGGUCCUCUGCCUAACCUCAGCCCCGGACACGACAACGCUGCCGCUUUGAUCCGCCGUCUCCCUACGACGCCCGCCUUAGAACGACGACCGGCAGGCGGUCCAGGUGACCACCGGACCACGCACCAACCGAAACCUGCCAGGAAUGCGCAGGGCGGAGAGUAACCUGGCAACCUAAAUUAAACCCCGGAAAGAAAGAAAACGGUCGCACGCAAACAAACACGCCCUACACACAACACUUUGUAUUCAUCGAUCCGACGCACAGCAAGGACAAUGUGCAACAUCUCGUUCUGUGAAGUGGACAGCAAGGUGGACCAGUACUUCCAGCCCACCCUCUACAUCAUCGUCAUCGUCCUGGGCCUCCCCACCAACUGUAUGGCCCUGUGGGCCGCGUACAUGCAGGUGCGGCAGCGCAACGAGCUGGGCAUCUACCUGAUCAACCUGUCGGUGGCCGACCUGCUGUACAUCGCCACGCUGCCGCUGUGGAUCGACUACUUCCUGCAGCACGACCACUGGAUCCACGGCGAGGAGAGCUGCAAGCUGUUCGGCUUCAUCUUCUACACCAACAUCUACGUCAGCAUCGCCUUCCUGUGCUGCAUCUCGCUGGACCGCUACCUGGCCGUGGCCUACCCCAUGCGCUUCGCCAAGGUCCGCCGGAUCAAAACAGCCAUCUUGGUGAGCGCGCUGGUCUGGAUCUGCGAGAUCGUGGCCAACUCGGCGCCGCUCUUCCACAACGAGCUGUUCCAGGACCGCUUCAACCACACCUUCUGCUUCGAGAAGUACCCCAUGCAGGAGUGGGUGGCGGGCAUGAACCUCUACCGCACCUUCCUGGGCUUCCUGGCGCCCUGGACGGCCAUGCUGGUGGCGUACCGGGGCAUCCUGGUGGCGGUGCGCUGCAACGUGUCCACCGAGCGCGAGGAGAAGGCCAAGAUCCAGCGGCUGGCGCUCAGCCUCAUCCUCAUCGUGCUCUUCUGCUUCGGGCCGUACCACGUGCUGCUGCUGUGGCGCAGCGUGCUCUUCCUCAACAAGCCGUGCGACUGCGGCAACGAGGAGAGCAUGUUCGCCGCCUACCACGUGUCGCUGGCGCUCACCAGCCUCAACUGCGUGGCCGACCCCAUCCUGUACUGCUUCGUCAACGAGGGGGCGCGGCACGACGUGGGCCGGGCGCUGACCUCGCUGGUGGACGCCGUGUGCCACCGCCGCCGCGGCCGCCGCAAGGGCUCCGGCUCGCCGUCGCACGCCGACGCCGACGCCGACUUCCUCAACGCGGCCAACUCCGUCUCGGUGGAGACGCCGCUGUCGGCCAAGAAGCAGCCGUGCGUGUACGCCGACGGCACCAAGGCCGGCGGCUACAAGACAGAGCUGGUGGCGCUGAAGGAGGAGUGUCUGCAGAUGACCAUCCUCAGCGGGAGGAAGUAACCGCCGUGGGCCUUGUUCAGCUGGCCGCCAUCUUGGCGAUAAACGCUAGCUGGGCAAGCUAGCUGAAAGCUAGCUUGCCCAGCUAGCGAUUAUCACCAAGAUGGCCGCUAGGUGAAUGAGGCCCUUUGACCACGCACUAAA